AUGGCUGCCUCGGUGUGGAGCUCUCCAGUUGUUUUAGUGUUUUUGUUAGUUUGUCCUGUUUCAUGUUUUUCCCAUACAAUUAGUUUCACAAGAGGUGAACUGCUGAACAUUCGGCACUGCACACCAUCUGAUAUUUUACCGGUUUUUGAUUAUUCGGAUGUUUUAUUCAACAUCGUAGUCGGAGGCGCAGCAGCGCUGCUAAAGCACUCCAGGACACGCAAGCGUGGUAAGCGAGCCGGCGCGCUGAUCAGGCUCAGAAAGCGCGGCUUUAAAACUGCACUGCCUAGCAUACAUCUGGCGAAUCUGCGCUCUUUGCCAAACAAAACGGACAAACUUCUUCUACUCUGCCGGACAAAUAAGGAUUUUUCAAACUCUGUUGUUUUGUGUUUUGUGGAAACGUGGCUGAACGACUUUAUCCCGGACAGCGCGUUACAUCUGCCCGGCUACCUGCUGUUCAGAGCGGACCGCGACGCAGAAUCAACAGGAAAAUCGCGCGGAGGUGGGGUAUGUUUCUACAUCAAUGAAAAGUGGUGUACAGAUACAACAGUGAUGAAGAAGAUGCGCUGUCUCGACCUAGAAGCACUCUUCAUUAACUCCUACAGGCAGAAACUAAAAUCUGCCAAACCUGUGGUAAGGACUGUUAAAAGAUGGACCAACGAAACAGAGCUUGCCCUACAAGCCUGUUUCGAGUACUCCGAUUGGAGUGUUUUUGAAGCUGCUACCACCGAUCUGGACGAGCUCACAGAGACUGUAACAUCAUACAUCAGUUUCUCAAAACUCAGACAGAUUCGCCAGGCCAAGGAGGAUGCCUACAGAAACGGGGACAAGGUCUUGUACAGGCAGGCUAGGAACACAUUGACAAAGGAGAUCAGAGUGGCUAAGAGAAACUACUCUAAAAAGGUCCUGUUAUCUCAGGCAGAAAAGCCGGACUGCAGGCCACAGUGGCAUCACAAGCAGCCUGAACUAGAGAAAGAUGGAGACCUGAUCAUUGGGGGUAUCUUUUCCUUCCGCACAACACAAGACGGCUACCAAGAUUCCUUUACAAAAAUGCCGGUAUUACGUCCAUGCAAGGAUUUCAGUUUCCGAGAAUUCAAGCUUGCUCACACAAUGAUGUUUGCAAUAGAUAAGAUAAACAAAGCCACAGAUAUUCUUCCCGGAGUAACACUGGGUUACAAGAUUUACAAUGAGUGUGGAUCCACAGACAUACUUAGAGCAGGAAUGGCAUUGAUAAAUGGUGUGGAGCAAUCACAAAUAUCAGAAAACUGCACCAAGCCACAGACCGUCCAAGCAAUUAUUGGACAUUCCGGGUCAACACCAACUAUGAGUUUUGCACGGAUUGUCGGAAGAUUUUAUAUACCGGUGAUCAGUCAUUUUGCUACAUGUGCUUGCUUGAGCAAUAGAAAAGAAUAUCCCUCCUUCUUCAGAACUAUUCCUAGUGAUUACCAUCAGAGCAGAGCGCUGGCCCAGCUGGUCAGACACUUUGGCUGGAUGUGGGUUGGAGCGUUAAGCAAUAAAAAUGAUUACGGAAUAAAUGGGAUAACCACAUUCAUUAUGGCUGCUCAUGAAGAGGGAGUGUGCAUUGAGUACACUGAAGCCUUCGAAAGUACUGGUCCAUACAACGAACUACUGAGAAUCGUGAAUAUUAUCAAAACCUCUACAUCACAGGUAAUAAUGGCCUUCAUGUCACACAGAGAGAUCAAGAUGCUGGUUGAGGAAUUAUACAGGCAGAACAUUACAGGUCUGCAGUGGAUUGGAAGUGAUGCUUGGAUCACAGAUGAUUCGCUUGCAGACGGCCCGGGCCACUCUCUGCUAAUCGGGUCUGUAGGAUUUACUGCCCGCAACGCACAGAUCCCUGGACUAGGCCCUUUUCUACAAGAAGUCCAUCCAUCUCAGUUCCCUAACAGCACAUUUCUCAGAGAAUUCUGGGAAUAUGUCUUUGACUGCUCUUUGACUCAGAGUAAGGUAAAAAUGAAAUGUAACGGGUCAGAGCACCUGCGUGAUGUGCAGAACUCCUUCACUGAUGUUACUGAUUUAAGGAUCUCUGAUAAUAUAUAUAAAGCUGUUUAUGCAGUGGCCCAUGCAAUCGAUAACUUGCUUUCAUGUGAGCAAAACAAAAGCUCAAUUUCUAAUGCCUGUCCAAAGCUUAAUCAAAUGAAGCCAUGGCAGGUCUUAAACGUCUUAAAAUUUGUAAAUUUUACCACACGCAGUGGUGAAAAUGUAUUUUUUGACAACAACGGAGAUAUCCCAGCGAAGUAUGAGCUGAUCAAUCUGCAAAGUGUUAAUAAAGGAAAAAUGAAGGUCCAAACCAUAGGCUACUAUGAUGCUUCUUUGCCUAAAGGUCAGCGUUUCUCCAUGAACAAUGUUCUGAUAGUCUGGAGAGAAGAAAGUAAUGGGGUUCCUGUUUCUGUGUGCAGUGAGAGUUGUCCUCCAGGCACUAGAAAGGCUGUGCAAAAAGGACGACCUGUCUGCUGUUAUGACUGUAUUCCAUGUCCACCAGGAGAGAUCAGUAACAGAACAGAUUCCAUUGCUUGCCUCAAAUGCCCUUUUGCACAGUGGUCAAAUACAAGAGGAGACGCCUGCAUCCCAAAAGAAGUUGAAUUCUUGUCAUAUGAUGAAAUAAUGGGAAUACUUCUAGCAUUGUUUUCAUUAGUUGGGGUCUUUUUCACAAUAGUAACCAUGCUUAUUUUCUACACCUACAGAAGUACACCUAUUGUCAGAGCCAACAACUCAGAGCUGAGCUUCCUGCUGCUCUUCUCAUUGACUCUGUGUUUUCUCUGUUCACUUACUUUCAUUGGUCGCCCCACUGAGUGGUCCUGUAUGUUACGUCACACAGCGUUUGGGAUCACUUUCGUCCUCUGUAUCUCUUGUGUUCUGGGUAAAACAUUAGUUGUGUUAAUGGCCUUUAAAGCCACACUUCCAGGAAGUAAUGUCAUGAAAUGGUUUGGGCCUUUACAACAACGUCUAACUGUUCUUGCCUUUACAAUUAUACAGAUUUUGAUCUGUGUGCUUUGGUUAACAGUCUCUCCUCCUUUUCCCUUUAUGAAUUUAAAUCAUUAUCAAGACAAAAUCAUUCUAGAAUGUGAUUUGGGUUCAGCUGUAGGCUUCUGGGCUGUGCUGGGUUAUAUUGGACUUCUGGCUGUCAUCUGCUUUGUUUUAGCGUUCCUUGCGCGGAAAUUGCCAGAUAACUUUAAUGAAGCUAAAUUGAUCACUUUCAGUAUGCUCAUAUUCUGUGCAGUUUGGAUAAGUUUUAUACCGGCUUAUGUAAGUUCACCUGGGAAGUUUAUUGUAGCUGUGGAGAUAUUUGCCAUUUUGGGCUCUAGCUAUGGUUUACUGUUCUGUAUUUUCUUGCCAAAAUGCUAUAUAAUUUUACUGAGACCUGAAUUUAAUACUAAAAAGCUUGUCACGACAAAAACUUUACAUUAA